GCUGCGUCCCCACUAUGGCGGCGCCCAUACAGUCCAGCGCUUCGUGGGCGCCAGCCGGGGUUCCCCGCGGCUGUGGCCGCUGCCUGCGCCUUCCUCCCUCGCUUGGGGCUGGGCGCUGCCUCUCCCCGGCCUGCCUCUCGGCUGCGAUCAUGUAGACAAUUGUAAAUCAUGUGAAGAUGGGACUCCUGGUAUUUGUGCGCAAUCUGCUGCUAGCCCUCUGCCUCUUUCUGGUACUGGGAUUUUUGUAUUAUUCUGCGUGGAAGCUGCACUUACUCCAAUGGGAAGACUCCAAUUCAGUGGUUCUUUCCUUUGACUCCGCUGGACAAACACUAGGCUCAGAGUAUGAUCGGUUGGGCUUCCUCCUGAAGCUGGACUCUAAACUGCCUGCCGAGUUAGCCACCAAGUACGCCAACUUUUCAGAGGGAGCCUGCAAGCCUGGCUAUGCUUCAGCCCUGAUGACUGCCAUCUUCCCCCGGUUCUCCAAGCCAGCACCCAUGUUCCUGGAUAACUCCUUUCGCAAGUGGGCUAGGAUUCGGGAGUUUGUACCACCUUUUGGGAUCAAAGGUCAAGACAAUCUAAUCAAAGCCAUCUUGUCAGUCACCAAAGAGUACCGACUGACCCCUGCCCUGGACAGCCUCCGCUGCCGCCGCUGUAUCAUCGUGGGCAAUGGAGGUGUCCUUGCCAACAAGUCUCUGGGUUCUCGAAUUGACGACUAUGACAUUGUGGUCAGACUGAACUCAGCACCAGUGAAGGGCUUUGAGAAAGAUGUGGGCAGCAAAACAACUCUGCGCAUCACCUACCCAGAGGGCGCCAUGCAGAGACCUGAGCAGUAUGAGCGUGAUUCUCUCUUUGUACUUGCUGGCUUCAAGUGGCAGGACUUCAAGUGGUUGAAGUACAUCGUCUACAAGGAGAGAGUGAGUGCAUCGGAUGGCUUCUGGAAAUCUGUGGCCACUCGAGUCCCCAAGGAGCCCCCCGAGAUUCGCAUCCUCAACCCAUAUUUCAUCCAGGAAGCCGCCUUCACCCUCAUCGGACUGCCUUUCAACAAUGGCCUCAUGGGCCGGGGGAAUAUCCCGACCCUUGGCAGUGUGGCAGUGACCAUGGCACUGCAUGGCUGUGAUGAGGUGGCAGUUGCAGGCUUCGGCUACGACAUGAGCACACCAAAUGCACCCCUGCACUACUAUGAGACCGUGCGCAUGGCAGCCAUCAAGGAGAACCUCACACUGCAGAUGCUUCCAACAGUCCUCCUCCUCCAGUGAGAAUGCUGAAGUCAUGGACACACAACAUCCAGCGAGAGAAAGAGUUUCUGCGGAAGCUGGUGAAGGCACGUGUUAUCACUGACCUGAGCAGUGGCAUCUGAGUGGGCCCAACACUAGGCCACAGAGGUGCAGGCACCACCAGAGCAUGCAGCAGUCACCUGCAUAGGUCUGAAGACUCAGAGAAAGACAGUGCCAAGGGCCCCCAGAGGCAGCAAGGCCUUAGCAGGGCAGCCAGAGCGGUACCUGCUCCGAGGCCAGCCUCAGAGAUCAACACGCAGCUUCUCUCCACCUGGAUCCGUGAAGCCAGAGAGCCAGGGAGUCACAGGCUGUGCCCAGCAGGCCCAGCAUGUAGGAGGUGGGACAUUAGGCAGUGAGGAUGCUGCCAGAAUCAUUUCUCCGAUCAGUGUUUGAUGUAUUAUCAUUUUGUGAACUUUGGGGGGGAGGGAUAAUUUAUUUUUGAAUAAGGUUGGAGAUGUCAUUUGGUCCACUUGCCAUGCAGAAAGAGGCCCACUAGAGGGCCCAUCAGGCCACAGUGCCAGUAAGCUCCCUGGAGAAUGGGAGUGCCAUGCCCAGGCUGUGCCCUACUCUGGAGUUACAGAGGGGUGGCAGCAUCUCAUUACCCCCCCCCUUCAACUCAUGGCAUUCUUUGGCCUUUCUUGGCGAGAAAAUGGGAUAUUUCUAUUCACCAGCCCCCAGCCUUCCUGCCUGGAAGCCUUGGGGUCACCUCUUCGAAGCCAACAAGACAGCCCCUGGGCUGUCUCAGAGAGAACUUUUAAAGGAGGGGAGGCCUGGCCCAGCCCGACAGGAGGAGCUUCCCUUCCCAGCUGCACCUGAGCUACCGGACAGUUCCCCACCUGGACUGACCAGCUUGUCAGAUGUUCUGGGUUUCUGUAACAAAACUGCCAGGCCCUUGGUUUUGCCUUUAGCCUGGACCAGAGGAAAGUCUAGGCCCAAGGACCUUGAGCUGGCUGUGGCAGGCAGCCCUCAUGGAAGCAAUAAAGCUCUUCCCAGAA